CUUAGUCCAACCAGGUUCUUGCUAUCCAUAAUAAAUUUUAUGAUGCUGGCCGAAUCUCUUGAUGGUUGGAUCGAAACGAUUCGACAAUGUAAGUAUCUACCUGAACCAGAACUUCGAAAAUUAUGCGAUUAUGUCAGCGAUUUGCUUUUGGAAGAAUGCAAUGUCCAGCCCGUAUCAACACCUGUUACCGUUUGCGGUGAUAUCCAUGGACAAUUUUACGACUUACUAAAAUUGUUUAAAGUUGGGGGAGAGCUACCCAAUACGAAUUAUAUAUUUAUGGGCGAUUUUGUAGAUCGUGGACACUAUAGCCUUGAAACGUUCACUCUUCUUAUGGCGCUAAAGGCUAGGUAUCCUGAUAAAAUCACCCUUUUACGAGGAAAUCACGAAAGCCGACAAAUAACUCAGGUUUAUGGGUUCUAUGACGAAUGUAUAACCAAAUAUGGCAAUGCUAAUCCCUGGAAAAAUUGUUGCAAAGUUUUUGAUCUCUUAACUAUCGCGGCUCUAAUUGAUGAAACAAUCUUUUGCGUUCAUGGCGGCCUUUCUCCCGAAACCAAGACUAUUGAUCAAAUCAGAACUAUUGAACGGAAUGUGGAAGUUCCUCACAGUGGACCUUUGUGUGAUCUUCUCUGGUCUGAUCCAGAAAAUGUUUCAACUUGGACUGUUAGUCCUCGCGGGGCUGGAUUCUUGUUUGGGGAGGAAGUGACCGAGAAGUUUGUAACCCUAAAUGGACUGGAUUUCAUAUGUCGAGCGCACCAACUUGUAAUGGAGGGACAUAAAUCCAUGUUUGACGGCAAGCUGGUAACCGUCUGGUCAGUUCCAAAUUACUGCUACCGUUGUGGAAACGUGGCCUCCAUUUUGGAUAUCCAGACACCCAAGGAGUUUGAAUUCAAGGUUUUUGAUGCUGUCCCAGAUGAUGAACGUGUGAUCCCACCGGCCCGUAUCACCCCAUACUUCCUUUGA